AAAACGUUGUUGAAGUGCAGAAAUCUUAGGAAAAGGUGAUACUUUCAGGUAGCAUCAGUGUCAGUGCUCACAUUAACAACAUCACAACCUUGAGGUUAACAGAGCUUCAACAAUGCUACGCAAGGGUAUUACAGAGAGCUUUGGAACUGCUGUUCAUUCACUCAGCACUGCCCAGCUGACAGACAGCGUGAUAACCAGAAGUAAAAGGAUGAUUAUGGACACACUGGGUGUCGGGUUAAUAGGAACCAGGACAGAUGUCUUUAAAAAGGCUCUCAAGCACAGCCAGUUUUUCACAUCAGAGGAGAGGAGCAGUGUGUGGGGUCAAUCAGACUUAACUCUGCCUCCUCAAUUUGCUGCAUUUGUCAAUGGCAUCGCUGUUCACUCCAUGGACUUUGACGACACAUGGCACCCCGCCACUCAUCCCUCGGGGGCUGUGCUUCCUGCAGUACUGGCCCUGGCGGAGACGCUCCCCAGCCGGCCUUCUGGUCUAGACCUGCUGUUGGCCUUUAACAUUGGUAUCGAGGUGCAGGGCAGACUCAUGAGAUUCUCCACAGAAGCAUACAACAUCCCUGAAAGAUUCCACCCUCCCAGUGUAGUUGGGGUGAUGGGCAGUGCUGCAGCCUCAGCAAAGCUCCUGGGUCUGUCCCCCACACAGUGCACUCAUGCUCUGGCGAUCGCUGCCUCCUCUGCUGGGGCUCCCUUAGCCAACGCAGCCACACAAACCAAACCUCUCCACAUAGGAAAUGCAGCUCGCAGAGGCCUGGAGGCUGCUCAGCUGGCCCACAUCGGUCUGGAGGGGAAUCCAGCCAUCCUGGACUGCGGGUUUGGGGUUUACUACAAAGAUUAUAGUCCCUCCGAAUUUGCAGAUUCUUCUUCCAGUGGCUUUAAAUGGAUUCUGGAAGAUCAGAAUGUGGCUGUCAAGAGCAUCCCUGCUCAUUUGGGGAUGCACUGGGUUGUGGAUGCUGCUUUGGCAGCCCGCAGGAAGCUUGAAAAAACAGCCGCAAACUUUGACCUCUGCCAGAUCCGGCACAUCACACUACGAGUACCUCCGUCCAAGUACAUCAAUUGCCCUUUACCAGACACAGAGCACCAGGCCAGGCACUCAUUUCAGUUCAAUGCCUGCUCUGCACUUUUGGACAACAAGGUUACAGUGGAUUCCUUCAGCGAGGCUCAAUUGAAGCGUCCUGCUCUGAGGGAGCUCCUGUCCAAAGUGACAUUGGAGACACCUGAGGACAACCACCCCAGCUUUGACAAGAUGUACUGUGACAUUGAGAUCGAAACACAUCAGGGGGUUGUCACAGCCAGGUGUGAUACCUUUUACGGCCACUGGAGGAAGCCCCUGAGUCACAAAGACCUGGUGGAUAAGUUCAGUGUUAAUGCUUCCUCAGUGUUGAGUACAGAGGGAGUGGAAGGAGUCAUUGAUGUGAUAGAUAACAUUGAAAAAGUGGGUGAAUGCUCGAUUCUGAAUGCAUAUUUGAGGAUGACGAGUACUCCACAUCAGCAGUUAUACAGAAUAAGAAACAUUUGAAGGAGCAAGUCGAUGAUUGUAUAAGGCCGUAAGAAGUUCUUUCCCAUGCAUGGUUUCAGCAGGGUACUGUGACCAAACUUAAAGUAUCUGUGUAAAAAGAUAAGUAUGUCUUCACCCCACAGGAAAAUGCAACACUGACCAACUUACCAAAUUUAAAUGUUUUAAAAAAUUAAGUUUACCAAUCGUGUAAAAUACCUUGAACACACACACAAAUACACUGAAAUGCUUUAAACACAAAGCAGCUAAACGUCACUGUUCAUCAAUCCGAUAACAAACCACUUGUUUAACAAACAGAGAAGCAACAUUUUCACCAUUUGGUGGCAGUUUAAGGACAAAGGACUCUACAUUAACACAGAGCUGGUUUAGCUCCAGCCCUGCUCUCUGUCUCCCCCCUAUUCUAUCAGUGGUACUGCAGCCUGACAACAGGUGUCUGCUGGUCCUCCUGUUCUUCUUCUCUACUUUAUUUCCUCAUCUUUAGGGAUUUUGAAUUAAGUGGCAGAGCUUUUCUGUGUGUUUUUCUGUUACAGCAUUUGAGGAAGAGUUAUGCAACCUAUGGCUCUGGUGUUUUACACAUGCCUAAAUAAUCCUAAACUGAAAACUACAGAGACAGUCUUUACUUUAUAAUUAACUUAUUAAUUAACACUCUACAGCUGCAGUCCCUUUUUCACAUGUUCCCAGCCACUAUUUUCUGAAAUAUAUAUAAUGUUAGAAGAGGAGAAAUUCUGCAUCCGCUUUACAGUCGCUUUAAAAACAUUUUUCUCUCAUUAUGUUAAGUUACAAAAAAUGUUAUUAAGAAGAGCUGUAUUGCGUGAAAUGUACCAUAUCUGACAGAGUGGAUCACUGAGGCAACGGAAAUGAAUAAAUUGGUGUUAAGUGUUUAGAUUACAAGAUAAGUAGAUGGAAUAUACACAGAUAUGGGCUCCUGUGGACCCCAUUUACUGAUGUUACUCCCUUGGGGAAGGAAAGAAGAUGUAAUGUAUAUGUAUUUUUUUUCCUAGCACACUAUGCAACAGUUCAGUAAAUUCACAUGUAGUUAAUAGGUGUGAAACUGACAUUAAUGUGGUGCAAUACAUAGGGGUUUAAGACUUGCAAAUAGGACUGCAAUGAUUAAUCAAUGAUUAAUUGAUUACUAAUUUAAUCACCAACUAUAUUGAUAAUUGAUUCAUCAUCUGUAUGUGUUGUUGUUUUAAAGGAUUUAGACAGAUAACUGACUACUAAUAGAUUAUACUGAUGUUGUGGGUUUUUUUUAAGUCAAGCACAGUCUGUUUGCCUUUUUCUGUAAAUAAAC